AUGAUUUCUUUUCAUUCCCCUCUUUCAUUUUCAUCAUCGUACACACUUCUAUUCAUACAUUUUCUUUCCUACUCAAUUCCCUUUUCUAACACUUUUUCUUUCUUUUUUUUACAUUUUUGCAUAAACCUAUCUCUUUUUUCUUCUGUCUAUUACAGGCCCACGUAUACUUUUAUUACCCUUUUGUCCUCAUAUUUCUUCGUAAGUCUAACGCUUUCUUUCUUUUUUUUACAUUAUUGCAUAAACCUAUCUCAUUUUUCUUCUGUCUAUUACAGGCCCACGUAUACUUUUAUUACCCUUUUGUCCUCAUAUUUCUUCGUAAGUCUAACGCUUUCUUUCUUUUUUUUACAUUUUUGCAUAAACCUAUCUCUUUUUUCUUCUGUCUAUUACAGACCCACGUAUACUUUUUAUUACCCUUUUGUCCUCAUAUUUCUUCGUAAGUCUAACGCUUUCUUUCUUUUUUUACAUUUUUGCAUAAACCUAUCUCUUUUUCUGCUGUCUAUUACAGACCCACGUAUACUUUUAUUAUCCUUUUGUCCUCAUAUUUCUUCGCCCACGUAUACUUUUAUUACCCUUUUGUCCUCAUAUUUCUUCGCCCACGUAUACUUUUAUUACCCUUUUGUCCUCAUAUUUCGUCGUAAGUCUAACGCUUUCUUUCUUUUUUUACAUUAUUGCAUAAACCUCUCUCUUUUUCUUCUGUCUAUUACAGGCCCACGUAUACUUUUUAUUACCCUUUUGUCCUCAUAUUUCUUCGUAAGCCCACGUAUACUUUUAUUACCUUUUUUGUCCUCAUAUUUCUUCGUAAGUCUAACGCUUUCUUUCUUUUUUUUUUACAUUUUGCAUAAACCUAUCUCUUUUUUCUUCUGUCUAUUACAGGCCCACGUAUACUUUUAUUACCUUUUUGUCCUCAUAUUUCUUCGUAAGUCUAACGCUUUCUUUCUUUUUUUUACAUUUUUGCAUAAACCUAUCUCUUUUUUCUGCUGUCUAUUACAGACCCACGUAUACUUUUAUUAUCCUUUUGUCCUCAUAUUUCUUCGUAAGUCUAACGCUUUCUUUCUUUUUUUUACAUUAUUGCAUAAACCUCUCUCUUUUUUCUUCUGUCUAUUACAGGCCCACGUAUACUUUUAUUACCCUUUUGUCCUCAUAUUUCUUCGUAAGUCUAACGCUUUCUUUCUUUGUUUUACAUUUUUGCAUAAACCUAUCUCUUUUUUCUUCUGUCUAUUACAGGCCCACGUAUACUUUUAUUACCCUUUUGUCCUCAUAUUUCGUCGUAAGUCUAACGCUUUUCUUUUUUUUUUUACAUUAUUGCAUAAACCUCUCUCUUUUUUCUUCUGUCUAUUACAGGCCCACGUAUACUUUUAUUACCCUUUUGUCCUCAUAUUUCGUCCUAUCUCUUUUCUUCUUCUAUUACAGGCCCACCUAUCUUUUAUUACUCUUUUGUCCUCAUAUUUCUUCACUUAUUUCUUUUUCUUCUAUCUAUUACAGCUCCCCCCGAUCGACAAACAUGAUUUCAACCGUCGUCUCUUCUUUCGAUACCUUUGA